AUUACGCCGUUAUACAGCCCUGCCCUAUUACUGUCUAGUGUCCACUAAUUACUGACUGAGCAAAGAAAAAAAAAAGAAAAAAAAAAGUCUACACUACUGAACUUCCGAAGUUGGGAAUUAUCAGAUCAUACAGAAAAGAGAGAGAGAGAGAGAUCCAACAAUGGAGAAGAAGAAGAAGGAAGACUUAUCAGAAAUUUUAAAAAAAUCAUGGUAUCAUUUGAGAUUAUCAGUAAGACAUCCAACUAGGGUUCCUACUUGGGAUGCAAUUGUAUUAACAGCCGCAAGUCCAGAACAAGCUGAACUCUAUAAGUGGCAACUUGAACGUGCUAAACGUCUGGGUAGAAUAUCAAAAUCAACAAUCACUCUUGCUGUUCCUGAUCCUCAAGGAGCUCGUAUUGGUUCUGGUGCUGCUACUCUUAAUGCAAUUUCUGCUCUUCUAAAUCAUUAUCAAAAGCUACAUUUCCAACUGCAUCAGGUAGAGUCGGCCGAGAAUGAAAGUCCAGAAUCUUCUUCUCACGAAAGUAUCGAGAGUGGCGGUGAUAUAGAGUCAGUGGUUAGCUUGAUGGCAAAAAAGCAUAUAUUAUUGCUUCAUGCUGGAGGUGAUUCGAAAAGGGUCCCAUGGGCAAACCCAAUGGGAAAAGUUUUUCUACCACUUCCUUAUUUGGCUGCAAAUGAUCCUGAUGGCCCGGUUCCACUACUUUUUGACCAUAUACUCGCAAUUUCUUCGUGUGCACGACAAGCUUUCAAGAAUGAAGGUGGUGUACUAAUUAUGACUGGAGAUGUUCUGCCUUGUUUUGACGCUUCCAAGAUGAUCCUUCCAGAGGAUACAUCCUGCAUAAUUACUGUUCCGAUCACCCUUGAUAUAGCUUCUAACCACGGGGUUGUUGUGGCAUCCAACACUGAGGUUAAGGAUAAAAAUUAUUCCCUCAGUUUGGUAGAUAAUCUUCUACAGAAACCAAGUGUAGAAGAGCUUGUCAAGAACCAUGCGAUUCUACAUGAUGGUCGAACACUGCUCGACACAGGAAUUAUUGCCGUAAGAGGCAAAGCUUGGGCCGAGCUUGUAACACUCUCAAGUUCAAGUCCAACAAUGAUUUCGGACCUUCUUAGCAACAAGAAGGAGAUGAGUUUAUACGAGGAAUUGGUUGCAGCUUGGGUACCUGCAAGACAUGAAUGGUUGAAGAUUCGCCCGUUGGGUAGAGAGCUGAUCAAUGGUCUAGGAAAGCGGUCGAUGUUCAGCUAUUGUGCUUAUGAUUUGUCCUUUUUACAUUUUGGAACCUCUAGCGAAAUUCUCGAUCACUUGGGUGGGUCCAAUGCUGCACUCGUAGGUCGAAGGCACUUAUGUUCAAUUCCAGCCACAACCGCCUCUGAUAUUUCAGCAUCUUCAAUUAUUCUCUCGAGCAAAGUUGAACCUGGGGUCUCAAUUGGGGAGGAUUCCAUGGUUUACGAUUCAUCGCUGUCUGGAGGAAUACAGAUAGGCUCCCAAGCUAUUGUUGUCGGAGUUAGUAUCCCAGUUGAUUUUAAUAGCGGGUCCACAGAAGAUUCUUUUCGGUUCUUGCUUCCUGAUCGCCACUGUCUUUGGGAAGUACCUCUAAAUCGAUGCACGGAAAAGGUUAUUAUCUACUGUGGCCUUCAUGAUAAUCCAAAAGUUUCAUUUUCCAAGAAUGGAACUUUCUGUGGUCAACCGUGGAAGACGGUAUUACAUGGUUUAGGCAUUCAGGAAACUGACUUGUGGAACUCAUCAGAUGUACAGGAUAAGUGCCUCUGGAAUGCAAAGAUCUUUCCGAUUCUGCCUUACUUUGAGAUGCUUCGUUUAGGUAUGUGGUUCAUGGGUUUGGUCAACAACUGCAAAUCUUUGCUUCCGUUGUGGAGAAGUUCAAAAAGGGUCAGUUUGGAGGAACUUCAUAGAUCCAUAGAUUUUCCAAAGCUUUGUUUAAGCUCUAGUAAUCAUCAAGCAGAUCUUGCAGCUGGAAUUGCUAAGGCCUGCAUGACUUAUGGUAUACUUGGUUGCAAUUUGUCUCAAUUGUGUGACGAAAUCCUGCAAAAGGAAAUAUCAGGAGUUGAAAUGUGUAGAGAUUUUUUAGCUCUCUGUCCAAAGCUCCAAGCACAGAGCACAAAGAUUCUCCCUCAAAGCAGGGCUUACCAGGUGCAAGUUGAUCUUCUGCGGGCAUGUGGAGAAGAAACGAAAGCAAUCUCAUUGGAGCCAAAGGUUUGGGGUGCAGUUGCUCAAGAAACUGCUUCAGCAGUAAAACCUGGGUUUGGAGAUCAGUUAUUGGAGUUAUCGAACAGCAUAUCAGCUCCAGCAGAUCAGGAAGUUGUUUCUGGUAACCACCCUUUCUUCCCAAGAAAAGCAAAAGUAGAGUUACCAGUACGUCUGGAUUUUGUGGGGGGUUGGAGUGAUACUCCUCCUUGGAGCUUGGAACGCUCCGGUUGUGUUCUAAACAUGGCAAUUAGUCUGGAAGGUUCUCUUCCAAUAGGCACCACUAUAGAGACGACAAAAGCUUCUGGAAUAAAAAUUUCUGAUGAUGCUGAAAACCAAUUGUAUAUUGAAGAUCCAUCAUCUAUUGCAACACCAUUAAAUCAUGAUGAUCCAUUUCGACUUGUCAAAUCGGCAUUGCUCGUUUCCGGAAUUAUAAGUGGAAGUGGAAGCAACCUUUCCUCUACAGGCUUGAAAAUCAGGACUUGGGCCAAUGUUCCUCGCGGUAGUGGUUUGGGGACUUCGAGUAUCUUAGCUGCAGCUGUCGUUAAAGGACUCCUCCAAGUAAUGGGAGGAGACAGUAGUAACGAAACUGUUGCCAAACUUGUUUUAGUCUUAGAACAGAUAAUGGGCACUGGAGGAGGAUGGCAGGAUCAAAUAGGUGGCCUGUACCCAGGUAUUAAAUUUACUUCAAGUUUCCCAGGAAUUCCAUUACGGCUUCACGUCAUUCCCCUGGCGGCUUCACCACAGUUGGUGGCAGAGUUAGAGCAACGGCUAUUGGUUGUUUUUACUGGCCAAGUCCGGCUAGCAAAUCAAGUUCUUCAAAAGGUGGUAACUCGUUAUCUACAACGUGAUAACUUACUAAUAUCAAGUAUCAAGCGCUUGAGUGAACUGGCGAAGAUAGGACGAGAAGCUUUAAUGAAUUGCGACGUAGAUGAGCUAGGAAGAAUAAUGAUGGAAGCAUGGAGAUUGCAUCAAGAAUUAGAUCCAUACUGUAGCAACGAAUUUGUUGAUAAGCUUUUCGAGUUUUCUGAACGUUUCUGUUGUGGUUACAAGCUUGUGGGUGCUGGAGGUGGAGGGUUUGCUUUAUUAUUAGCAAAAGAUGGCAAUUCUGCACGAGAACUCGAGAAUUUAUUGGAAAAAUCUUUGGAUUUUAAUGUUAAAGUCUACAAGUGGAGUAUCUUUACAGAAAAGCAGUUGAACCUUCUUGAGUGACAACCCUUCUUAGAGUCCUGAUAUUCACUGAUAAUUGUGGAAGUUGUACUGUACAUGGAAGCGGUCACCCAUCUUAUAUUCUUCAUAGCGGUGGUGUAUGUAUUUUUGAACCUUCCCAAAUGCUGAUUGAGAUUUCAGUAAAUGGUAAGAACAACAUACAACAGCUGUUGACAUGUAUAUGAUUCAUGUAUGUUCAGAAUAAAUGGUUUUGUAUAUUCGUUGACAUGUCCCUUAUUAAGUUUUUUUUUUUUUUUCAAACAUGGCCCUUAUUUGAGUUGAAAAUCUUAUUAGAGAUGUACAUUUGGAUUUA